CUUCCACGAAAUCUAGGGGAAACGAAAGACGGGCUUUUCCUUUCUCUGUCAGUAACUUUGAUGAAGCAUGCGGGUAAACAAACUGCAAUGAUUUCUAUCGCUCCAUUAACGUAGCUACCUGCUAUCCAUUUAUUGGCCUCUGCUCCACGCCAGUCCAUCGAAGUCUUUGUUGCGGAGUAGCGGCAAGUUCAUAAGCACCGAGGAGCUUCGUGACACCUUACUGUGAUGAGCUUGUAAUUUGGGUGAACUGGCCAGCGGCGACGCCUGGGGGUCAGCCAGGCACAGGGCACACAGGCACCAGCUACUCCUCGGUGUACCCGCUAGGUGUACACACCGCAGCCAAACCCCCACACCGCAGUAGCAGACAGCCUCUACAAACACAGCCGCAACCAACUCCACCUCCCCCCGCCCGGCAGCAACUAACCCCCAGCAACAACAGCCGCAGCCAUGGCAGCCACGGGCGGCGUGCAGUUCCUGCAGUCCAGUGUGGAGGACCAGCCCAAGACGCUGGGCGCCUACAAGGCCGGUAACACCGAGAUGAUACGCAAGAUGCUGCGGGACCAGCAGCGGGAGACGCAGGCGCUGCACGGCAACCCGUUGUUCAAGGAGUUCCGCGGCGCGCCGGGCGGCGUGCGGCAGAACAAGUUCGGCAAGGGCUACGCCGUGCCCGAUGACGGCUCGGCGCCGCCGCAGCUGACAGACCCCAAGUCGCUUGAGUACGAGGGCCAGAGCCGCAUGUUUGACCUGAUCAAGAACACGGCGGCCAAGGAGGAGAAGCGGAAGGAGGGCGUGUGGGCGGCGUUCGGGCAGCCGUACGUGCCGCUAGGCGACCCGCAGGAGUUGCAAAAAUGGCUGCCGGAGCUGAACCGCGACAAGAUGGGCAGUCGCGAAGGCGGACGCAGUGGGCCACGGCGAAAGGCGCGUUACACCUCCCAGCAACAGCAGCAACAGCAGCAGCAACAACAACAGCAACAGCAACAGGGGGCAGGCGGGCAGCGCGGCGGCAGCAAGGCACGCAGGGAGCGGCCAAUGUCUGUGGGCUCGGGCUACGAGUCGGAGGGCGGCGUUGGUGUGCCGCCGCAGACCACUGGCGACGGUGAGGAGCGGGCGGCGGGGGGCGGCGGCGGCAGCGUAUCUGCGGCGGAGGCAGCCAUCCGGGCGGCAACGCGGGAGGCGGAGGACACACUCAACAAACACAAGUCGGUCAUGCGGUUCACGCACCACGACCGGUCAGAGGCCGCCUUCCCGGCGGGCGUGCUCCGGCACGCCAACACGCGCUCCUCCAAGGCCAAGGUCAGCUCCGGCGCCUUCGUCAACCACCGCGAGGCCGAAGAGGAGGCAGCCGACCCCGUGCGCGCCUACGGCCAGCCGCCGCUGCCGCGGAAGCACCUGGCGCCCAUCCCCGGCCCCGGCAGCCGGCGAGGCGGCGGCGGCGGCGAGGACGGCGGCGAGCCGUCGUCCUUCUUCCUGACGCAGCAGGGGCAGCAGGCGGCGGCGGCGGGGCAGGCGGCGCAGGACGAGGAGCGGAGGAGCAUGUCGCUUGACGCCGGCGGAUACACCUCGCCAUCGGGCGGCGACGGCGGCGGCCUGUUCACAGCCGGCGGCGGCAUCAACCAGGGCGACGGCUCCUUCCAGCCGCUGGUGGAGCCGGUGGUGCCGCUGCGGGGCGACGAGGCCAACCCCGUGUACAGGUGGCACAACGAAUUCGUGGCGGUGCGGCAGGCGGGCCGCUCCCAGCUGCAGUCGCAGCUCUACUCGCGCGCGCAGGGCCGGCACGGCGUGCGCACGGACGCCUCCUCCGCCGCCGGGCUGUCCACCACCCUGUUUGGGGUGCUCAACCUCAGCCAGGGCCGCAUGCCCACACACGCGUCAGGCGGCAAGGUGGUGAGUCCCUACUCGCGCCUGGAGGCCUACCAGGCAGCACAGGAGGCGGCGCGGCGCAACACCAAGCAGAAGGCGGUGGCGGCGCUGGACCCGGCCGAGAUCCGCAUCCUGCAGCGCUUCUACGACCAGCUGUGCGCGCUGGUGGAGGCGCAGCGCAUGAGCGACCCGCUGUGCCUCAUGGUGGUGGCCAAGGUGAAGGCGCUGCUGGAGGCCGGUGUGUACCUGCAUCGGCCCAUGCUGGCGGCGGUGGUGGAGCACGUGGCGGCCUUCACACACGGGGCCGGCAUGGUGCGCUACAACAAGUUCCUGCUGGCGGUGCUCACGUUCAUCACCAAGUGUGUGGGGCUGGAGGCGGUGGACCUGGAGGAGGUGGUGGAGCAGCACGGCGUGGCACUGGUGGUGUACGGCACGCCCGCCGUGCCGUCCAAGGUCACAACAGACAUGAUGCCGGGUGGUGGCGGCGGCGAGGAGGAGCCGGGCGCAGGGGGUGCGGGAGGGGGUGGAGCGGGGGGUGCGGGAGGUGGGGCUGGGAGGGCGGCGGGCCGGGCGCGGAGCGGGCGAGUAGGCAAGGGAGGGGCGGCGGUGGGAGCGGCGGCGGCGGCGGCGGCGGCGCCGACGGCGGCGGGGUCAGGAGCGGCGGGAGCGGCGGCGCUGCAGGCCGGCGGCGCGGCGGCGCUGCAGGCCGGCGGCGCGGCGGCGCCGGCGGCGGCGGAGGAGGGGCAGGACGCGGCGGCGGCAGGGGCGGCGGCGGCGGACGCGCUUGCAGGGUCGCUCGCCGCCGGCGCCAAGCUUGAAGGGUGAUCGACCGUUGGAGUGGACAGUGCGUCGCAGUCUGUUGCGGCUCGUCAUCAGUGCGUGUGGAACAGAGCCCAUGGCGUGCGGGUCGUCAUUAGUGCGUGUGAACCAGAGCAGGAUGUGUGGCGCGUGAAAGCUUUGCGCCGUCUUGGGGGCCCGCACAGCUUGUGGUGGGCUGCGUCCGGCCAGAUACACUUUUCAGCAUGUUGGGCAGUGCUUGCAGACUGUGCCGCCUGUGCGCGUGUGUGUAUGGUAUCCAUGCGCUUCUUGUAACAUGAGGCCGUG